AAAUACGGGAGAGAUAUUUAUAUCAUAGGGUUAGAUCGUGUGUCACGUGCGAUGCACAAGGAUUUGGCGGUGUCUUGCAGCGAACCGCACGUGGGUUCCUGUUGGCGCGUUUUAAAAUCCGAAACGCUCGGUUGAUUGCGACUGCUGUAGAGUUGUUGUUGGAAACAUCGCUCCUUUAGGUCAAUUCUCUAUCUCACCGGACUCCCCCGACGCCGCCGGUAAUCGCUUCAAUUCGUCGACAUGAAGCUCACCGUUAAGACGCUCAAGGGUAGCCGUUUUGAAAUUAGGGUUCUGCCCACCGACACGAUAAUGUCGGUGAAGAAGAGCAUUGAAGAUUCACAGAGCAAAGAAAGUUAUCCAUGUGGACAGCAACUGUUGAUUCACAAUGGAAAGGUUUUGAAAGAUGAAACUACUUUGGUGGAGAACAAGGUCACCGAGGAGGGGUUUCUUGUUGUCAUGCUUAGCAAGAGCAAAACUGCAAGUUCAGCUGGUCCAUCUUCUACUCUGCCUACUUCCACGACCACUUCUACCCCAUCUUCAACUACGCCUGCAGCUCCGUCCACAACCCAAUCUAUAGCUGUGCCUGCUGCAAAUUCUACUCUUGCCCAAGUACAACCGGCGGCACAAAGUGAUACCAAUGGCCAGACUCCGGCGACUUUAAUUAGUGGCAGUAGUGUGGAGCAAAGGGUUCAACAAAUAAUGGAAAUGGGAGGAGGCAGCUGGGACGAAGAAACAGUUCUUCGUGCACUUCGUGCAGCGUAUUACAACCUCGAGAGAGCAGUGGAUUAUCUAUAUUCUGGAAUUCCUGAAAGUGAAGAUGUUCCACUAACUACCAUAUCGGGAGUAGGAUCUGGUGCAGAACAUGCCGCUCCUCCUCCUGCCUCUGGAGGACCUAAUGCAUCUCCUUUGGAUUUGUUUCCCCAGGAGGCAGUGUCUGAUGCGGGUGCUGGAGAUCUUGGAUCGCUUGAAUUCCUCAGAAGCAAUGAUCAGUUCCAACAAUUACGAUCCAUGGUCAAUUCCAACCCCCAGAUUCUGCAGCCUAUGCUUCUAGAGCUGGGAAAGCAGAACCCACAACUUCUGAGGCUAAUCCAAGAGAACCAAGCCGAAUUUGUUCAGUUGCUCAACGAGCCGUAUGAAGGAUCUGACGGGGAAAUGGAUGUUUUUGACCAACCGGAGCAAGAGAUGCCCAAUGCAGUUAACGUUACUCCUGCAGAGCAAGAAGCGAUUCAACGGCUUGAGGCAAUGGGAUUUGAUAGAGCAUUAGUGAUAGAAGCCUUCCUUGCGUGUGACCGUAACGAGCAAUUGGCUGCUAACUAUCUGCUAGAGAACUCGGCAGAUUUUGAAGACUGAGUUCCCACAACAGAGCACAAGAAUGAAAAAAAAAUAGUUCUAUUCCUAAUCCCAUCUUUCAACUGAACCGUUCGUUUUAACUCUACUCAGAAUCUCAGAUGAUCUCAUAUCUUAUUCUUACAUCAUCUCUCAUAUUAUUCAUAAAGAAUCGUUUGCUUUCCAA